GUUCGGCGCGGCAAGCCUGGGAAGGAGGGAGGAGAAGUCGAGCGGCAGCACGCUCGGGGGAGGCGGCGGUGGUGGAGCAGAGGUGAGCUGGGGAGCGGAGUGGUUCCUCUACCCCCCCCCCCCCGCUCACCUCUGCUCCCCUGAAUGCGCUGCCUCUCCCUCGCCUGAGAGGGAGGGGGGAGAAGUGGAGUGGCGGCCUGUUCAGGGGAGCAGGUGAAGCGGAGGUUUGGUAUGCUUAAGAGAAGGCUGGGAGUGUUGCCAAGUUUCAGUAUGGACUGCUGAAUCAUCAGCACAAUGUCAGAGAAGCCAGAUCUGGAGUUCUAUUUGCACGUUCAGCUGCAAGUGCCCUGAAAGCCAGAUACCAAGGGAAAACCACCCCAGCUAAUGGAGUGAAAGGAUUCACAGUGACUGGGACACUGCAAAAAUGAACAGGGAAUAUGUCCUCUGGAUACUCUCCUACUCACUGCUGUGCUUUUUCCCUGGUGCUGUUCCCCACCUAACCUUGUGCCACGCAGUCAGCGGAGGCACCGUUAUUUUGCCAUGUGCCAUUAAGACUUCUGAAAAGCUGAACAUCUUCAAUUAUUCUAUAUACUGGCAGAUAAAUACAUCAGUGGUAGUGCAUUUUUUUUACAAUGGGAAGGACUUGCUGAAAGAUCAGUCCAGAAGAUACCUCAACAGAACUAGGCUGUUUUUGGAUCAGCUGGAGCGUGGUAACUUUUCUCUAAUGCUCUCUGGAGUUGAGCCUGCUGAUGAAGAGGUGUAUACCUGCAUCUUGAGAAACAAAGGGACCAAAAUUACACAUGCAGUUAAACUCAACGUCUCAUCUCCAGAUAAUCAAUCUAUAGGAAGAAAUGUUUCCCCUUUUGGUCAAACUCAGGAUUUACCAAAUUGCCCUGGGGAUGCAAAAGCCCUGGAUAUUCUUGCACUCUGUUCUCACUUCCUGAUGGUGUUGGUGGUUUGGAUCUUGUAACUGUGAAAUCAGGGCUUUUGUCUGCAAACUUCUCGUGGCAAGUGACUCUUGCAGCACAACACCCAUCUAUAAGGGUUGCACAACUACUAUUCCAGAAGCCACAGACAACAAGGCAUCACCACUUGAAAACUGGCCUUAUAUUAGGCACCUAUUACCAUAGUUUGGUGCUCAAAUAAGCAACCUUAUUUUUCAGAGGCACUGGCCCUCUGCAGGUCCAAGUGACUUCAGUCAGAUGUAAUGAGCCUGAUUUUUCAUCCAUCUUCAAGAGCCUAGCUUUAGGCCUCCACAUUUGAAAAUUCUAGCCAUACAAUUUUCUUGUGUGUUUUUGACAACAAUUUUGAAUCCAACUAAGGUUCACAGUGUUAUUAUAAUUUGUCCUUAAUGUGAUCUUUCACAUAAGAUUGCAUGUGCUUUACAAAAAGGAGAAGUAAAAGAAGGAGAAAGCGUAGCCGUAUUAUACGUCAGAGAAAAAUUGGAAGUUGCGGGGGUGGCUGCCUUUGUGAAAAUCAAGGGUGGAAACAUUGUGACAGGAAACUGGAGGCUGUGAACUAUAAUGCCUCUUUUUCACUCCGAUGCAUCAACUAUGUCAUCAGUACAAAGAAGUGAUCCAUUCAGUCAGCCAAAGGAGAAGUUGUUGCCAAAGGAUGUUAAAAAAAAGCAAACAAUUCCAGAGGAAGAGUGCUGCAGACUACAAAUAAACCAAAAACUCUAAAAGACUAUAGAUUGUUUUCAUCGCUCUGCAUUCCAACGUGUCCACGGUUUAAGGAACUAAAACUAUCAUCCAUGUCUAUGGGGAUUGCAUUGCCUUAUUCCUUAAAAUGCAGAUAUACCUGAAGCUGUAGUCUUGCCAUUGUUAAAGUUGAAAGUAGCUUCCAACUGAUAAUAUAAAGAAAGUACAGUAUUUCUUUGACAGCCCAGCGCCAUUGCAACUGCACUAUUGUGUAGCUGUGAACAGGCUAAGGCUAAGGAACAGGCUCACCCAGGUUGGAAGGGAGAGUGUGAAAGUGCCAUUACACAGCAAUGUAAGAGUGGGCUCCCGGCUCAAGCCUAACCCCCCCUUGUGUCCACAUACUAAUGGUGUUAACGCAGGGCUCGAACCUAGGGACUCAGAAGCCUGCAGGGCUGGAGGGUCUGAGCAAGUGUUAAGCUGGGACCUAAGGUCAGAACCCUAUUGCUUUCCUGUGUGUAUGAGAUCCCAGCUUGACUUGGGUCCUGGAAGUCCUUUGGAUGUAUCCCAGAGUUCCUUGGGGAAACUUCCUUAGUCAUCUCUAUGCUGACAAUAUGUGGUGCAGUCUAUUUCAAACAUAUGCCACACUUCCCUUUGCAAAGGGCAGCAGGUCAGAUCAGCGUUAACCCAUCAUCAUCUGAACACUGGUCUUUGAGCACACUAUCGGAGAACCUGCAGCAUAGGCGCUGACUGUGAGAAUGCUGUGGGGCUCAAGCACCCCCCCCCCCAUAUGGGGUGCUCAGCACCCACAGAGAUGGAUUAAUCUUUUGUGGGCCCUGGCACCUGAACCAAGGCUCUGCCCUGAGGCCCCACCACCACUCAGCCUCUCCCUCCAAGGCCCCACUUGGCCUCUUCCCCUUGAGGUCCCACCCAUGCUCCAUCCCAAGACCCCAGAGAGGGCAGGCGGGAGGUUCGGGAGCAGAGCAGGCACUUAACAGCUGCCCUGAAGAGAGGGAGUGGUAGAGCUCCCAGCUCAGCAUGGCCUGGGGAGGGAUGACCCCUAACACACUGGCCGCUCCCCCUCCCUGCCGGGCUGCUGUUUAGUCCCUGCUCCGCUUUGUGGUUCCCACUGGCUGGGCAGCGUGCACUGUCAGAGUGGUGAGUGGGAGCCAGCCCCAAAACCUCCCCGCAGCCUCUUGCAGUGGUGGCUUCAGGUCUUCCUCAAUGUUGCAUAGCGCUUGCCCAGAGCAGGAGCAAAGCUGACAGGAGGGAAGUGGCUCCUUGCUGCCAGGAUGUUGGGGAGGGUCAUCCCUCCCCGGCUGUGCUGAGCUGGGAGCUCUGCUGUUUCCCCACCCUGCAGGGCAGCCCCAUACUCCCAGACCCCUCCUGCCCUUUGAGCUGUGUGUGCAGGAGUGCCCAGGCAGUAUGCACGGGGAGGGUGGUGAGUGGGAGCCAGCCUCAAAACUUCCCCACAGCCUCCUGGGCAACUCUUAUCCCUGCCACCAAGGGUGCAGCAGGAGCAGGGAUAAGGUAUCCCCCGAGGAGGUGCUGGAUCACACUGCACCGCAAGCCCUGGGGAGGCACGUCAUUGCUCGGCCGCCAGCAGCAGCUGGGGAGGGUGAGGGGGUGUUUUUCUUCUGAAACCUACAUUUUAUGUCAAACUACAAAACAGACAAAAAUAAAAAAUGAACCAAACAAAAACACUCUCACUGAAUAUCCCAAUUUAAAAAAUUAAGAAUUGCAAAGUUUCAUUUCAGUAGUUUGACAGUCCGGAAGAAUGAUGUCCUGAUUAUCCUCAGAAUCAGUGCACAUGGGCAUUUUCCUGCCCAUGUGGUUCAGCCUAGAGGUGAAGAGCCCCAUUCUCAGAUCAACAGUAGUUCAGUAUAAAGCCUCCUCACACUGCAGGCAGCCAGCAGAGGAGCUACUUUUGCAGUUUCUGGGCUCCUUAUGGGCACCUGUAUCCCAUCAAUAGCACCCUCACAGUAGGAAACAGGAUGGGCAAUAGAGUUUUCCACAGUGCAGCACAUGCAUAGGGCGGGAGGGAGGGGUGCUAGGCACUCUGGGAUAAGAUUACUUUGGCUCAGACCUGUGCACUGCAGUGUGGAUGCCAGAGCCUAGGUUUGAACACAGGUCAGAAAAUCCUUAACCUAGGGUUAAAAUGCAGUGUAGAUGCUCAAACCCAGGAUUCUCUGACAUGGGUCAGAUGACUCGAGUCCCAUUAACCCUAGGCUUACAUUGCUGUGUAGAUAUACAGUAACUUUUGAGCAUCGCUGAAGUAGGGGGAAGUGGCUUACAAGCAGCAGGAUGUUUUAAGUAUACACAAGUAUUUUUUGCUACAGCUGAAGUCACUCCACUCUCCUUCAUAAAUAAGGCACCUAACUGGUUGUAUUUGUUGGGAAGGACAUGGAAUAAAAUAGGAAGCCCGGAGCUCAAUCCUGCAUCCACUGAAAGAAAUGAGACCAUUGACUUCAGUGGGUGAAAGAUCAGAUCCUCGCUGUAGGGAAAAGCAGAUGAAACUCCAGGCAUUCUGAGUCACUGCUACGGUUGGGUUGAGCUGGAAUUUAUACCCAACUGGUUGAAAAGCAGACAUAUGAUAUAUGUAUUUAACAAUAAAAAGUAUUUUUUAUAUAAAAGUGUAUGUAUUUUGAUUGUCUGCCUCUGUUCCAGUCUUCUUAAGUUGCCUGACAUCUAAGAUUGUAAACUCUUCAAAACAUAGCCUUGCACAUUGUAGGAAAGGCUAGAAUACAAAUAAACUAUAACUCAAUCACAUGCCAUACCAACACUUCUCUGCUGACCCCAUCACCUUCCACAGAUUUGAAGCUUUUUGAAAAGUUUCUGGCUGUGAACAAAAACUGGAACUAACAUAGGAAACUAUCUUCACAAGUCUGGUUAGCUACACAAGCCAUAGCUCUCAGAGGUGUGAGUGGCCUCCCUUCAUCACAACGGAGUGUUAAUUCUAAAAUCCCAUGGCAAUUAGAAGGCCAUUUUU